UUGUUGCCUAUAUAUACUACAGUCUCAUUUUAUCAAGUCCUCGUCACAACUUAACUUAAGAAGCAAUAUAUAUAUUUAACCAUGGCAACUGCUAAUUCUCACAUGUCUCUCCUCCUCCUCCUCCUCGCCCUUGUCGCACUCACACCUUCCACCUCUGCAUCCCAAAACUUAAGCUUAAACUUACACCAACUUCUCCAACUCCUUGGAUUUCCGCCCGGCCUUAUACCUGAUCCCGUCGAAUCUUUCUCUAUAUCCCUCGUAGGCCUUUUGCCACCCACCGUCAACUUCACCAUCCACUUUGAGGAACCAUGUUAUGUACAGUACGUAAUCCCCAAUUACUUCGCCCCAGUGUUUACCGGACAGAUCACCUUUGGUAAAAUUUCCGGGAUGAUAGGCCAUAAGGAUCAAUUCUCUUCGGGCGAAUGGAUAGAUAUGUACGAUGUCACAGUGGUUGGCGAAGAUCUCCUGUUUGAAUAUGCGACUACAAAUUUAACGUACAAUAGAGCGUAUUUUGAGGAGGUUAAGACUUGCACAUAUGGUCCUCUUCUUGCUGAUCACUCUAACCAACUCAUCUCUCAGCUUCCAAUGAUCAGUGCAGAAUAAGUUGGUAUCAACAUCGAUGUUUUGAGACUUUUGAAGUUGGGAAGUCUGGGGACAAUAGCUAGCUUUUUCAAGUGUGUUGUAUGAAUAAAGUUCAGGUUAUGAACCUGUUUCGUUUUAAGAUUUCGGUUGUGUGCUGUGUGAAUGAAUCAUUAAUAGGUUUUUCAAGUGUGUUGUAUGAAUAAAGUUGAGGUUAUGAACCUGUUUCGUUUUAAGAUUU